UGCAUGGCGGGGAGAAAUUGGAUAUUCAAUUUUAGUCUUACAUAACGGCGGUGUAGAUGAAUUCUAUUAGAUGAUUUUCUUCUUUGACGUCUUGUUUGUUGUUUUGAUUCAUGGGUUUUCAGUUUUGGUGGUGAUUUUGAUUUGUUGUGAAUUUUUGUUUUAUUUCUAUUGUCUGGCGAACUAUCUUCAUGAGUAUUGGUUUUAUCUGUUGCAGAUGCUGUCUUCAGAGGAGGGACAGUGAUGUGGGCAAUCGGCGGUCCGGGCUGCUCUUCAACAUGGUGGGCAACGUCCUUGGACUCCUGGCGUCCGGCGCGCGGUGGUGCGGGCUGUUCUUCUACCUGAUGGAUGUCAUCCUCAGCUUGGCAGGUGGUGUCGUCCGGCUCCUCUCGGCGUUCUGCGGGCGGUGGUAUGGGCUGUCCCUCUAUGCCAUUGAUGACGUCCUCGGCUCGGCGGAUGAUGUCGUCCGGCUCCUCUCGGCGCUCUGCAGGGUGCGGCGCGACUUCAGCCUUGACAUUUUCGGAUGAGACUCAUCUGUAACACGGAAGGAGUGGGUGUGUGGUCUUCGGUUGGCGGCAAUGGUUCUAUGACAUGAGAUGCGGGCGUCCGGACCUCUGGAACGGCAAUGCAUGGGCGUUUAUCCCGCGCGACAUCUUCCGUCCUUGAAGUUGCCGAUGUGGGUUCCAGGAUGCGGUGUGGUUCUUCCAUAAUUUAUCGGAUGAUACAAUGAUGCGAGUGCAGUGAAACGAUCGCAAAUAUGUGGGGUUAUGUGCAAGAUUACAAAUGAAUGACCACAAGUUGAAAUAGUGUAAAAAAAAAAUUUGUUGAAGUGAAGGAAUACAAAAGUGUGCUUCAAUAAUAUGUUCAGUGAUAAAAUGAGUCAAGUUAGCAAUAUCGUUAACAUAAAAAUGACAAGGACACACAGGAUACACAGUGAACACUUAUGCGGUAAUACAGGUACGCCUCUUAUAAUUUAUUAUUACUAUUAUUAUAGAUAUCUUACUUUUAUAAUUUCUUGCCGCAAUUCAAUAUAUAGGCUAGUGUUCUUUGCAAAAUUUUAUAUAAAAGGGGCAGUGUUUUGUUUGAAUUAUUCCGCAAUAUAUCCGUGAUUUAAUUUUACUUCCCUCUUUAUGUUUUAAAAACUUUUAAAAAUGUAAAUAACUUCAAUCCUCUUUUCUGUAAAUAUUUAUAAAUUGUUUCAAUAUAGACCUAAUAUUCUUCAAAU